AUGAAAGGUCAAGAAGGAGAACAGCACAGACUCCUAACAGGAGUAGACUUACUCAUGGCCUAUGAGAAAGACGAUCAUGAGACUCAAUACUGCUUUCCUGCCAUUAACUCAUCAUGUAUCAAGGGAAAACGAUCCAUACAUGAGUACAGUUUCAUGUACUUGUUUUUUUCUUUGCUGUCAGCAUGGACUAUGUUUCUGAAUCUGAUGGUGAUCAUCUCCAUCUCUCAUUUCAAGAAGCUCCACACUCCAACCAACCUGCUUAUUCUCUCUCUCGCUGUGGCUGACCUGCUUGUUGGACUUAUUGUUAUGCCCAUUGAGGCUAUCAAACUGAUUGAGACAUGUUGGUAUUUUGGAGACACUUUCUGCAGACUGUUUUCAAUCAUCUUUGGGCUGUGCUUCUCAGCAUCUCUCAGUAAUUUAGUUUUAAUUGCUGUUGAUCGUUAUGUGGCUGUGUGUCACCCUUUACUGUACCCACAGAAAAUAACCACAGCUAGAACAUUAAUUAUUGUACAAAUCUGCUGGUUUUGCUCUUUCGUUUAUAUCUUUGCAAUUGUUAUCAGUAUGUCAAACAGAAAAUUUGCAUGUUAUGGAAACUGUAACCUUCUGAUUACUUUUGCCUGGAAAAUCACUGAUUUGUUCAUGUCUUUCUUAUUUCCCUGUACCGUCAUCAUAACUUUAUAUUUGAGAAUAUUUUAUGUUGCACAACGGCAAGUGAAAGUUAUAAACUCUCUGGUAAAGGCUGGAAAAUGUGUAACUGAAGGUUCUGUGAGGAGGAAAUCUGAGAGCAAGGCUGCUCUAACAUUAGGAAUCAUUGUGACAGUUUAUCUGUUUUGCUGGAUUCCAUACUUUAUUUUGACUUUAAUAGAAAAUACAGAAAUGGCUUCCACUACAGCUUAUAUUCUAUUGUGGAUUUCAUAUAUUAAUUCAGGUCUGAAUCCUCUUAUCUAUGCUUUAUUUUACCCCUGGUUUCAAAUGUCAGUUAAACAUAUUCUAACUCUUAGAAUAUUUAAGACAACAUAA